AUGAUAACAACAUUUUCGAUAUACAACAGUAAAGGUUCCCGUCUUUAUUAUACGCAAGUAGGACCGAUGAAGUCCGAGACGAAGGAAGUGAUAGAAAUUUUUAUAACAGAAGUAGUGUUGUCCAAUGCGAAACCUACGAAUGUGCUUCAUUACAAGAGGAGUCUAUGUUACCAUCUAUUGAGGAAUGGAUGUUAUUUUGUCCUCACAACAAAGGACUCUCUGAAUUCAUCAGUGUUGAUCCUCACGACGAUAGUCGACUUUAUACAACAAUUCAUCACGAUUAACGAAAGUAAUGUCUUGGCGAAUGUCACACUGAUCGACUCAAUUCUUUACGAAUCGAUUGGAAAUGGCGUGUUACACUCAUACGACCAAUUUGACGUCUUGAGGACUUCUCCCCUCCCUAGCACUUUGGAGACGGAGAUCGAAAUGGUCGACUUUGAACGUGGAACUCAACAGAGGAGGGCUUGCGAUAAAAUAACAGACAAUUACUUUUGUCGCAAAGGAAGCGAUUUUGACUUUUUGGAUGAUGCGAUGGACCACCCUGUCGCAAAGACCCCACCGAUGGAGACCGCAAAUUUCAUUGCAUAUGAGAAAGUCGACCGAUUUAACGUGUUGCCGGCACAGCACAAACGCAUUCAAGUUGACAAAUUGUAUGUCGAGCACUUUGAGGAGAUCAAUGUGACAUUUCGACCCGAUGGCGAUGUGAAAGAUGUGAAGCUUCGAGGAUCUCUUCGCAUGAAAUUAUACACAGAAGGCAUUCAAAGUCUUCAAUUGAUCACCGACACGACUCUUCAGAAGGUUCAUAUCAAUCCGUUGUUUGAAGGAGAAGUCCAAAAUGGGGUUUUAACAUGGAACAACCCACAUGGGUGUGUUCCCGUGUUCUCAUAUGAGACCGACGUCAAAACGUUUCCAGUUGUGUUAACAGGAACCAUUGCGACAGAACACAACAAAUUGAUAAUGAAUGUCUCAUACAACGCAAUAGGAGGGACGUACGUCCACGCGUUUUGUUUCACAUGUCCCGAUGACGUCGAUGUGAUUAAAACCGUAGAAAAUUACACCGUGAUCGGAAGAACAGUCUUUGUGUUACUUGGCAAAAAUGCUACUCAAAAGUUGAACGAACACUUCGCUAUAGAACUCCUCUUCAAAGAAAGAAAUGCAGUAAAGUGCGAUGUCCCUUUCGGUUGGAUAACCUUCGAGACUAACUUCUCGGCAAGUGCUUUGAACUUCACUAACAUCACUCAGAAAGGCCAGAAAGUCCUUCAAGUCGACACUUCAGUGCAGACGAGGAGUGGCGACUAUGUCCUGUUGUUUGACUGA